AUGACGGCUGAUCUACAAGCUCACCUCAUUAAGACCAUCCUGCCUCAGGUUGACAGAAACAAGCAACUGCAGGAGUUGAGAAGACAACUGGUGGAGAAAGACAGGGAGCUGGAGGAGAGCAGACGUCAGCUGGAGAGAAGAAAACGAGACGACGAGUGGAGGAUUGUGCUGCUUGGGAAGACUGGAGAUGGGAAAAGCAGCACUGGCAACACCAUCCUGGGAAAAGACGUCUUCAGAGUGGGUGCUUCCGCCAAUCCUAAGACCUGCAAAUGUGAAGCUCACAGUAUAGCCGUCAACGGGAGGAAGCUCACCUUGAUAGACACACCGGGAUUUCUUGAUACAGAUGAGAAGGAGACAGACUGUGAGAUAGAAAGAUGCCUGACAUUAAGUUCCCCAGGACCUCAUGCUUUCAUUCUUGUGCUAAGGGCUGCAAGAUUCACCAAAGAGGAUGAAGAGGUUUUAGGAAGGAUUGAGAAAUUAUUUACAUCUAAUGUUUUUAAAUAUUCAGUGAUUAUGUUUACACAUGGAAGGGACCUGGAUACGACUAUUGAGGAGUUUGUGGGUCAAGUCAAAGCAGGUAAAACAACAGCUCCACUGAAGGAACUGGCAGAAAAAUGUGAUAAUCGCUGCCAUGUUGUUGACAACAAGCACUGGAGGAACACAGAGGGUGGACAAAAUCAAGUGAGAUAA